AUGGCAGCUGUAGAGUAUACACCAACGUCUCAUAAGGCUAUCAAUCAGGUUCAUCGUCUCAAAGACCGCGCUCGCUAUGAUGCAGAGACGAUACAUUCUAUUCUCGACAACAACCUAUUGGCCCAUGUCGGAUUCACGUUGCCUCCAGGGGCUGCAGAUGAGGAUGAUUGGCCAUUUGUAAUGCCCAUGUGCUACGGUCGAGUUGACGACACUGUCUACCUUCAUGGAUACGUAAGUGGACGCAUGAUGAAGGCCUUGGCAUCCGAUACGCUUCCCAAAGUGUGCAUUACAGUUUCACAAGUGGAUGCGCUUGUAGUUGCAAUGUCGCCAUUCCAUAACUCCAUGAACUACAAGUCUGCCGUUAUCUUUGGUCGAGGUCGACUAGUCGAUUCUCCAGAAGAAAAGGAUCGCGCUUUGGAAGCUAUCACGAACCAACCUUUCCGACAUGCAGAUCGUUGGAAUGAUUCUCGUCCGCCCAACACAAUUGAUCUCAAAUCGACUAAAGUCAUCGCUGUCCAGAUUGAACGUGCCUCGGCCAAGAUCAGGACUGGAGGUGUGAGUGAUGAUAUCAAGGAUAAAGAAGAUCCCGAGUUGCUCAAGAAACAUUAUUCGGGUGUCGUUCCAAUGAAAACUGUUUUUGGAACACCAGAGCCAACACCCUACAACAUCGUAGAGACACCAGCCUAUUUGCUUCCUGAGGCUAUGAAUAAAGACAGCUAA